UCCGUGUGGGCUCGCAACUUCCAGAAGCUUCUCGCACCUUCCAGCCUGAUGUCUUGUGUUAAGUUAUGGCACAGCGGUACCUCAGCCCCGCUGGUGCCCAUCGAGGAAGUGGAGAACCCGGAGUUCAUGGGCAAAGGCGGAUUUGGCGCUGUCUUCCGGGCACAGCACAGGACUUGGGGUUUGGAAGUGGCGAUGAAGAUCGUGAACUCCCGGCGAUACAGGGAGGUGAAGGCCAUGGCAAGCCUGUGUAACAAUCAUGUGCUGCCCCUGCUGGGGGUCACAAAGAAACUGGAGUGGGAGUACGUGUCUGGGCCGGCUCUGGUGACUCAAUUCAUGGAGAACGGUUCCCUGGCGGUGCUGCUACAGCCCCAGUGCCCAAGGCCGGGGCCGCUCCUCUGCCACCUGCUGCAGGAGCUGGUGCUCGGGAUGUGCUACCUGCACAGCCAGAACCCCAUGCUUCUACACCGGGACCUCAAGCCCCCCAACGUCCUAUUGGACUCAGAGCUGCAUGCCAAGCUGGCAGAUUUGCACCUGUCCACGUUUCUGGGAGGCUCACAGUCAGGGGCAGGAUCUGGGGAGUCAGGGAGCACCCCAGCUUACUUGGCCCCAGAACUGUUGGCUGAUAUAAACUGGAAGGCCUCCAUGGCCAGUGAUGUCUACAGCUUCGGGAUCCUAAUGUGGGCAGUGCUAGCCGGAAGAGAAGCUGAGAUAGUGGACCAUAAAUCACUGCUGCGGGAAGCAGUGUGUGAGAGGCAGAUCCGGCCUGCAUUGACUGAGCUGCCCCAGUCUGGCCCUGAUCCUGGCUUGGAAGUACUGAAGGAUUUAAUGCAGCACUGCUAGCACGAGCCCCAGAAGAGGCCCUCCUUCCAAGAAUACCGACCAAACACCCAGAAAGUCCUCGACCUGGUAAAGAAAGGAGAUGUAUCUGGUAAAAAGAUGAAUGCUGCAGUCUCCACGGUAAAGGAGUUCCUGUCUGAGCACAGGGGCAGCAACAGGUUGUUGUCUGUCCUCAAGCCAGGCCCGGAAAGUACAGAAAUGAAUGGCCCUGGGGGAACCACAGGAAGCCAUGAUUCCAUGGCCUCUGAAAUGAUGAACCUGAAUCUGGAGGGGUACCCCAGGUCUGUUCCUGAAAAAUGUACAAACCUUCCUGAGAGCAUCAGGGCCCAGAGAGGGCAGGUUCAGCCUGCCUGGACAGCAGAGACCUCUUCAGAUUCAACAGCCUGACCUCCUCAAAAUCCAGAGACCUUACCUGUCAAAAACCAGAAGCCCAGCCCCACCUCAGCUUGGACCCCAGGUCCUGGACCCCAAGGGUAUCAGGGGGCUGAGAGACGUGACACCAACUGGCCUCCCAGGGCGCCAGGGCCAAAUCCAGUACCAGGGCCACGGUUUCCUACCAUACUUCAUAGCCAAGGGGUACAGAUUGGAAACAACAUCCAUAUGAUUAUACAAGGAAGAACUGCCUCAUCCGUGCAGGGCCUGGCACCUCGGGGCAUGGAUAGGGGCCCCCAGCGCACCCCCCAAGGAAUAGGUCAGCCCCCAUACUACCACCUCCCUCCGCUGCAUACACCCAUGCACACAUUGCUUCCGUGGAGGCACUGGAACCCUUUGAUUCUCAGCUGGUGUCUGGGAGUGGACAGCGACGGCUCCACAAAGCUACACGCAGAUGUGCCUCUCCCCUGGAGCUGGACACCACUGGAGUAUGGACCACUCAGAUAUGGCCACAGCGCUGCCAUCUAG